CGGGGUGGGUUUAGUUAGAAAGCUCUCUGAGGGCAGGGAACUGAACUCAUAGUGAGAUUCCUGAGCUGAAAGUGAAAUGGACGCGGUAGUGAUCGUGUCUGCUGCCAGGACGCCUAUAGGGUCCUUCAAUGGGGCACUGAGCAGUGUGGCACCUUCUGAUUUGGCUGCGGUAGUCAUUAAGGAUGUCCUGAAGAGGGCUGAUGUAAAGCCAGAUGAGGUAUCUGAGGUCAUCAUGGGGCAUGUCCUCACUGCAGGCCACGGACAGAACCCUACACGACAGGCUAGUGUUGGCGCAGGAAUCCCGUACCCUGUCCCUGCGUGGAGCUGUCAGAUGGUGUGUGGAUCUGGGCUAAAAGCCGUGUGUCUCGGAGCUCAGUCCAUCAUAACGGGAGAGUCCACAGUAGUGGUGGCAGGGGGCAUGGAGAGCAUGAGCCGGGCACCUCACACAGUGCAAAUGAGGUCAGGAAUAAAGAUGGGAGAUGCCGCACUGCAGGACUCUAUAGUGGCCGAUGGACUCACAGAUGCUUUUCACAACUGCCACAUGGGUAUCACAGCGGAGAACGUGGCUAAGCAGUGGGGUGUGACCCGAGAAGCUCAGGAUCAAUAUGCCGUCACUUCACAGAGCAGAACUGAGGCGGCCCAGAAGGCUGGUUACUUUAACCAGGAGAUUGUUCCAGUUAUUGUUCCUUCAAGAAAAGGUCCUGUAGAAGUAAAAGUUGAUGAAUUUCCUCGCCAAGGGAGCAAUAUGGACGCCAUGUCCAAGCUGAAGCCCUGUUUUCUGAAGGACGGGUCUGGCACAGUCACGGCUGGCAAUGCAUCGGGAAUUAAUGACGGCGCUGCAGCUACUGUGCUCAUGAGCCAAUCAGAGGCUCAGAGGCGUGGUCUGCGUCCAAUGGCACGGAUUGCCUCAUGGGCUCAGACUGGCCUUGAUCCAUCCAUCAUGGGCACGGGGCCAAUUUCAGCCAUCAGAAAAGCAACAGAGAAGGCUGGCUGGCAACUGCCUGAGGUGGAUCUGUAUGAAAUCAACGAGGCCUUCGCUGCUCAGUGCCUCGCAGUGGUUCGGGAACUCGGCCUGAACCCCGACAAGGUGAACGUCAGUGGUGGAGCUAUCUCUCUGGGUCAUCCUCUGGGUAUGUCUGGCUGCAGGGUGCUGGUGAGCCUCCUGCAUGCACUUCAGAGGACGGGGGGCAGGACAGGCGUUGCUGCACUGUGCAUCGGAGGAGGAAUGGGAAUUGCUAUGUGUGUCGAGAGAAUUUAAGACACCCUCGGAAACACAUACAGACCGGCUACUGUUCCAGAAAACUGUAUCAGGUCUUACACACUUACAUGAAUUUGUUGAAAUUGUGUUUAAAUUAUACUAUGGAAAAUGAAUGUUUAUAUUUUUUUAAUAAUUCAGUCAUCACGUGUAGCCACUGCAUGGGUCUCUCUGAAGUAUUCAUUAAUAAACACUAUGACCUUCUUAGGAAA